AUGUCAGACGAGUCAAAGUUGCCGCCCAAUCAGAAUCACACCAGGCCUGAUGUCUCGGAGGGUCGUCUGAGCGGUCAGGAGAGGACACUGGCUGUGCUGCUGGAGCAGGCUUUCAGGAUCAAAGAGGAGGUGGCUGCAGAGCUGCAGUCCACCCGGGGCUCUGUCCAGGUCAAGGCGCUUUCCCGCAAGCUACUGGAGAAUCACAUACUGACCAUCACUCGCAUUGUCAAGCAGCUCAGCAUGGAUAUACAGGCCCUGCAGACACAGAUCACCCAGCGGGACUCCAUCACCUUUGGGACCACAAUGGCUGUUCAAAGCCUGGACAAGAAGAACAUAGCUGGCAUUGGAGACCUGAGAGGAAGAGUAGCCAGGUGUGAUUCCAGCAUUGCCAGGCUGAGCGCUGACGUGAGCUCGGGGGAGCGGCACCUGAUUAGACUGCAGCAGGAGGUGGCGGAGCUCAGGUCGGCUGUGGACGCUCGGCUCAAAGAGCUGGGAGUCAAGCUUCAUCAUGACCAGGGGAGACUGGAGGCGUCGUUGUCAGAGCGUUCCCAGCACCAAACGAGCUCCAUGUCUGACCUGCAUACAAAGGUUCAACUACUAGAAGCCAGGAUGUCAGGUGAGCUGAAGGCAGCCAGGGAGCAGACGGAUUCACUGAGGAGGUGGACAGAACAGCAGCUCAACAGCUCAGUCCAGCACUGCUCUCAACAACAGGACAAAACGCUAGAGGCAGCGUCUAGAUUAGCUGGCCAGCUACGUGCUCUGGAGGCCCGAGUGGUGCAGCUCGAGGCCCAGCUGCACCAGGCCGACCGCAGCCGGGCAGACCAGCUGAAGCGCUCCGAAACCGAACUCGGGAAAAGAAUGACCUCAGUGGAGCGCGGCCUCCACCAGGAGCUGCAGCUGCUCAAACAGGAAUACCACAAAGGGUUCCUGUCAGUGCACGAUGCCAUUGAGUCCCUGAGGCAGAUAGGUGACAUCAAAUCCCACCUUGAAAAGAAGAAGCUUCAGAAGGAUAUCAGGGACAUCUGCGGCAAGAUGGCAGAGCUCAAUGACUUGUGA